AUGGACGCCGAGACCACCGCCCCAACCAACCCGGCCAUCGCGGAGCCCACCCCGCCCUCCGGCCCCGCCCCCGCCGACCCCUCCGCCGGCGUGCCCUUCCCCCCGCCCCCGAUCCUGGAGCUAGACCGCCUCGCCCUGCGCCCGCUGCACGCGCGCGACGCGCCCGUCCUCGCCCGGCGGGCCAACGACCCGGGCGUCGCGGGCAACAUGUCGAACCGGUUCCCGUACCCGUACACCGAGGCCGCGGCCGCCGCCUGGCUAGCCGGCGUCGUCGCCCGGUCGGACCACGACUACGCCAUCUGCACCCGCGAGAACCACGCGGAGCUGCUCGGCGUGAUCGGCAUCCGCCCCCACGGCGACGUCGAGUGGCGCACGCGCGAGCUGGGCUACUGGAUCGCGCGCGAGUGCUGGGGCAAGGGGUACAUGUCCGAGGCGGCGCGGGGGUUCUGCCGCUGGGCGUUCGACGCGAUCCCGCAGAUGCGGCGCAUCGACGCCGGGUGCUUCGGGUUCAACGCCGGCAGCGCGCGGGUGCUGGCCAAGGCCGGGUUCGCGCUCGAGGGGACGCGGCGGCUGUGCGUCGAGAAGAACGGCGUCAUGACGGACGCGAAGCUGUUUGGCCUGCUGAGGGAGGAGUGUCCCGGGGUCCGGUCGGCGACGGUGACGGGGACGCUGGAGGAGGAGUUGGCGAAGAAGGAAGAGGAGGAGGGGAAGAAAGUAAAGUAG